GUCACUGUCUUUCUCCUCUCAUAUGCAACAAAACAUCAACACCAUCAAGCAGCCUUUUUUUCUGACACACAAAGGGAGGGGUUGAAGCAAUAAACUGGUAGAUAUUCCUUUACUACAGUCGACGUUUCUGAAUGCUUAUAUCUGUGUGUUGUUUGGUGCUUUGAUCUGUCUCUCAUGGCUUCUCUUCAUGUUUUCCUUGUUGGGUUCCUUGUUUUAUCAUGUGGGGUGAUUGCAGAGAAUGAUUUGGUGAUGGAAGAAAGUGAGCUUCUGGGGCUUUUUGAUGUCAUGGUUUCACUUGUAGACGAACCUGGUUGGGCCGAAGUGCACCCGGAGCCAUGCACCAACACACCAUGGCCUGGAAUCGAGUGCCAGAUCGGCCAAGAUCAAGAUCCACCGAUUUUUCACGUUACAACUAUUCAUAUCGGCCCUGAUGUUGCCUCCCCGCCAUGCCAACCAUCUGCAAAGAUAUCGGAUUCUUUGCUCAAAAUACCUUACCUCAAAUCCCUCUCUAUUUUCAACUGUUUCGUGACAUCAACGGUUGUGCUUUCUCCCACAUUGUUUGGUGCACUGUCUUCCUUGGAGCAUCUUUCACUUCAAUCAAAUCCGUUUCUAGCAGGAGAAAUUCCUCCAAGCUUGGGGAAUCUUUCAAUGCUAAGGGUCUUGAGCUUGUCACAGAACAAUCUACAAGGGAACAUCCCUGGUGAGCUCGGUGGGUUAGUCAACUUGGAGCAACUUGACCUGAGUUACAAUAAUCUAAGUGGCGAAAUCCCACAAGAGCUUGGAAGGUUAAAGAGUUUAGCCAUUUUGGACUUGAGCUCCAAUGACCUUGAAGGGGUGGUGCCAUUUGGUUUAGGUCAGCUUAAUCUUCUUCAAAAGCUUGAUUUUUUCUCAAACAGGCUCCAUGGCAAGAUUCCACCAGAGCUAGGGAAGCUAAACAGGUUGGUUUUGCUUGAUUUGAGCCAUAACUCCAUAAAUGGUCCACUCCCUGAAACACUCUCAGGGUUAGAGCAGAUACAGUACUUAAUAUUUGAUUCCAAUCCCAUAAAUUCAUUGAUUCCCUUAUUUCUGGGGUCCCUCAAGAGCCUUACGUAUAUCAGUUUCUCAAGAUGUGGGUUAACAGGCCUAAUACCAAACUCCUUGUCUUCAUUGAACAACCUCUCAGCUCUUUCGCUAGACAACAACAGUCUCACGGGCACCAUCCCUUCAAAUCUGGGGUACCUUCCAAAUCUAGACCAGCUUAAUCUCAGCCACAACAAGCUAACCGGGGAACUACCACUCUCGCAGGACUUCAUCAAUAGACUUGGUGAAAGGCUUGAUGUUAAAGGCAACAAUGGGCUAUGCACAAGCCACCAGCUAGCUAACAUUCGGACUUGCUUGAACAAACAAGGCACGGUUGAAAAUGUAACAUGUCCCCAACAACAACAACCUUAUGAUCUCAAGGGAAAGAACAAGAACAAGAACACUUCUUUGUACAAUGGAAGAACCAAAUCAUCUGCUCCUUCCCAAGACCCAUCACCACAGUUCAUCGUUGUAACUUGUAUUGUUGUUCUAAACAUGUUUUCCUUUCUGUAAACAACUCCACUAAUCUAAUGGUAUAUUUUGAUGGGUCAAUUUCUCGAUGGGGAAAAUGCAGAGAGCCUGAAGGGUACACCAAGUUGGUGAAACUAGGCAGAGUUGCAGAGAUAAAGAGAUGACAUUUGCAAGUAGUAGUUGAGGUGAAUGAACAUAUGAAAAGGGAGGCCAAAAAGCGUGUUUGUAUAAGGGCUAUGUAUAUCUAAUGUUGGUAUUAUACAGUGACAAAGCUCCAUCUCUGAUUGCCGGUUCACUUGUGGCAGCCUUUUUGCAUAAAGAGAGAAGAAGUGUGUCGGAUCUGAUGUUUAAUUCAA